GCGGACCUGCCCGAGCCCGAGAAUCCGCGGCAUGUUGUGUUCGUGGAUGUCGGGCUCUCCGCCUCCGUCGUCGCCUUCUCCAAGGGCCAGCUCGUCGUCAAGGGCACCGGCCUCGACGCCCACCUUGGCGGGCGCGAGAUCGACUACGCGCUCGUGCGCCACUUCUCGGAGUUCAAGACCAAGCACAAGAUCGACGUCAUGUCGAAUCCGAAGGCGACGUUCCGCCUUCAGGCCUCGUGCGAGAAGCUGAAGAAGAUUCUCUCCGCCAAUUCGGAAGCGCCGCUCAACGUCGAGUCGAUCAUGAACGACAUCGAUGCCACCUCCAAGCUUACCCGGGAGGAGUACGAGGCGUUCAUUGGCGAGCUCCUCGACCGCAUCCUGGCCCCGAUCCAGGCCGCGCUUGACCAGGCCGGCCUCAAGCUCGACGACGUGCACUCGAUCGAGCUCAUCGGCGGCUCGACCCGCAUCCCCGUCGUGCGCGCCAAGAUCCAGAGUGUGUUCCCGGGCAAGACGCUCUCGACCACGCUCAACCAGGACGAGGCCGUCGCGCGCGGCGCCACGUUCUCGUACGCGAUGCUCUCCCCCGUCUUCCGCGUGCGCGACUUUGCGAUCACCGACAUCGCGAACUACUCCGUCAAGAUCCAGUGGGAGAAGCAGCCCGGCGACCAAGACGAGGACACCGAGCUCAUCGUCUUCGCGCGCGGGCAGACGAUCCCGAGCACGAAGGUGCUCACCUUCUACCGUAGUGGAUCGUUCGACCUUCAGGCCGUCUACGCCGAGCCCGCAACCCUAACUGGAGGCAUCAACCCGUGGAUCGGUCAGUUCACAGCGAAGAACAUCACGGACGAGCUCAUGGCCGGCGGACUGUCGACGAUCAUGCUCAAGCUAUGGUUCGAGCGCGACGAAAAGGGUCAGCGGCGCGUGCCCGGUCUUAACAUUCUCACGGGACAUUCGGAGGGCGGGUACGAUCACGAGUACGGUUACGCCGACGACGAGGGGAAGGAGAAGCCGGCGAACGGGACGGCGCGCAGCCAGGUGAAGCACAAGCACCAUUCGGUAACGGGCUCCAUCCGGCGUGGGUUCAAGAAGGUCGAGCGAGCGCUGCAUAUCGGCCACCAGGGACGCCCACGGCAUCGCUCGGACUCGCAAUUGAACGGGGACGCGAAUGCGCGGUCCUCGCAGCAGGACGGAGACGGCUCGUCCUCCUCGUCGUCGAACUCGUCGGACGAGGAUUCGGACGAGGAGCGCGAGCACCGGUACAUGCUCGAUCCGUCGACGAACACGAACCCGCUGAACAGCCACGGCCCUGAGCACGAUGGCGACCUCGGGCUGAUCCAGGGACAGGCGCAGGCCGGCGCGUCCGGCGACGCGAUAGAGAGCUCGCGCGACAUUUCGUGGAACUACCUUUUGCGGAACAAGAAUCAUUCACGCACGAUGCCGUUCUUACUUCCUCCGUCCGAGUUCCACCCUGACGAACUGACGAGGUUGGGUCUGACGGGCGAACUCGAGUUUCAGAUCUGUCGCUCCGCCGGCCCGUGGUCACUGGCCAUCCAAAUGUCGGAGCACUUCGUAUACAUCGAAAACCAGUUUUUCAUCACAUCUACCAUGAUCGGAGACGUGAAGAUAGAGAACACCAUUGGUGACGCUCUUAUCCGUAUCAUCCUCGAGUGCCAGAAUCGGAUGAUCAGCCGCGGUCCGAACUCUAUCUACGGACGCCUGCGGAAAGAGGGUAUUGAUCCUGACGACUAUAUCGCCGUAUUCUGCUUGCGAAACUGGGGCAAGCUCAAAGGCGAUGUCCUAACGACAGAACAGGUUGGCAACCGUGACUCUGAACUCGCUGCGGUCAUCAGGGACACCAAGAUGAUCAAUGGCAGUAUGGCUGGUAAAUCCUUCAAAGUCGGACAUUUCGCCUACACCUUGAGAGUUCACCUCAUGCGCGAGCACCUGGGUGUUGACGUUGACCACGCAAUGCAGCAGUGGAUUGCAACACCCAUGUUCAACAUCGCCUAG